GCGGUUACUGCGUCUGUGCUUGGAGAACCGUUGAAGAUGGCGACCGGAGUCCUUCACAGAGUGAGCGGUGGCCUGGCUCGGGCUACAAGCAGGGCCCAGUCGUCCGGACAGCUCGUCGCGUGGAGCAGAGGAUUUACGACAUCUACCAGCAGACACGGAAAGGACAGCUGGUUCAAGUCGCUGUUUGUGAGGAAAGUUGAUCCCAGGAAAGACGCACACGCCAACCUACUAACCAAAAAUGAGGAAAGUAAUCUGUACAAAAUUCAGUUCCAUAAUGUCAAGCCAGAGUGCCUGGAAGCAUACAACCAGCUCUGUGAGGAGGUUUUGCCCUCCAUCCAUGCUGAUAAGUACUACCCCUGUGAGCUGGUGGGCACCUGGAAUACCUGGUAUGGAGAACAAGACCAGGCCGUUCAUCUGUGGCGUUACAGAGGUGGAUACCCGGCUCUGACAGAGGUGAUGAACAAGCUCAAGCAGAACAAGGAGUUCACAGCUUACAGGAAGGAGCGGGGUAAGAUGCUGAUGUCUCGCAGAAACCAGCUUCUGCUGGAGUUCAGCUUCUGGAACGAGCCUGUUCCCCGAGAGGGCCCCAACAUCUACGAGCUCCGGUCCUACCAGCUCAGGCCAGGAACCAUGAUUGAGUGGGGUAAUUACUGGGCCAGAGCCAUUGGAUACCGCCAGCACAACAGAGAAGCUGUGGGAGGGUUUUUCUCACAGAUCGGGAACCUCUAUAUGGUUCAUCACCUCUGGGCUUACAAAGACCUCCAGUCCAGAGAAGACACGAGGAGCGGCGCCUGGCAGCAGGAGGGCUGGGACGAGGUGGUGUAUUACACAGUUCCUCUCAUUCAACAUAUGGAUUCCAGGAUUAUGAUCCCGACGAAGGCUUCCCCUCUGCAGUGAAAUGAGAGCUAAGCUGGAAGCAAGUGGUCCCCCUUUUUGAAUGUUGCAUCAGUUCCAUUGUUUCAACCCCCCCGUCAGUGCUGCCAAACAACAUCCCUUCUUUUCUUGUCCUCGUGUUAUCACUUCAGGAUGUCACCAGGACAGAGGACGCAACAAUGCCUGCCAUGUGUCAGCAAUCAAAAUAGUCAAAACCACUUGAGGGCAAUGCACAACGUCUUUAACAGUUUGAGGUAGAGUAAAUUUGGCCAAUUAAAACCUCCUGAUGGUUGUUAUGUCGGAACUUCUAGAGAACUCCAUCUCUAAGUUUAGAACCAACCAAAGUUACUUGAAAAGAUGAGCAGCUGUGUGGGGACAGAUGGGAAUAAUAGUAACUAUUUAUUUAUUAAAUGUGCUGAGUGAAGUGAGAGAAUGCCUCUGUAUAUUCAGAUUUCUGUUGCUAAUCAUGAAGCUGAUAAAAGUAUGACAUUAUGUAAAUCUCAUAAUUUUGUAUCUGAUUGAGGUCUAUUAUAAAUCACAUUUUUUUGGCAAACUACUCUUUUCAAUUGUUUUUUCUGGAUGUUCCUAUGUUCCCUGUCAUGUUUCAUGGUAGUGUGUUUGUAACUAUGGCUUCUACCCUUUUUCCUCGUGAAGACAGCAUGCCUAGUUUAAGAAACUGUUUUAUUGGGGCACAACUAUCACUGUCCAUCAGUGGCUAAGUGGGCAGUCAUUUUAUUGUCAAAGGAAGCAUGUUUAUCUUGUUUGUUCAUCGGGAACAGUGUGGAGGGAAGGACACAGAUUAAAGCAGUUCAAACAA